AUGAGAGAUGAAAUAAAUGAUCACAAAUAUAACAAAGAUGAAAAUGAAGAUACGUUUCAACAGGAAUUAAAUGCUCUGGAAACUAAACUUAACAGUGAAUUACAAAAAGAACUAACAAAUAUUAAACAACAAAUACAAAACUUAGAUGAUAGCGAAAUUAAAACCUAUAUUCAACAACAAAUACAAAAUAUUGAUGAUAGUGAAAUCAAAACAUAUAUUCAACAACAAAUACAGAAUAUUGAUGAUAGUGUUAAUCAACAACAGAUAACCACUAUUAAUAACAUAGUUUUAAAACAGGACAAAAAUAUACUCGCAUUAGAAAAGUAUCUCAAGAAAGAAAAUAAAUCAUAUCAUUUCAAUCUUCCAUUUGUAACUUUGAGUUAUAGACAUAGCCAAGCUUCUAUUACUGAUAAUAUUGAUAAAUCAAAAGAUUAUGAAUUGAAAAAAUAUGGAUUUACAGCAAAUAUAAGAGUAUUUUCUCCAGAUUCAACCUCCCCCUAUGAAAUAUUUGAUUCUCAAUUUUCUUUACGAGGAAAAAUUGUAAUUGAAAUUAUUUUUCCUAUACAGGUAAAAGUUGAUUCAAUAUUCUUCAGACAAAACUUAUAUUCAUAUAAUAAAUUUAACGCUCGUAAAGUUCUUCAGUUUAUCAAUGGUACAAAAAAGGUAGAAACUAAAGAAUUAGAAAUUAACGAAGAAAACAACAAGGCUAAUCACUUAUAUGAAAUUAAAACGAGUGGAAAAUAUAUAGAUAGGUUUAGAAUGUUGAUCAUACCAGAUAAUGAAGAAGAUGAACUUUCAUUGAGUGAUUUUGAUAUGAUAUUGGAGACGGAAACUUCACCAUCAAUGAAUAUCAUUAAAAAUCCAGAACCAGAAAAAUAA